AUACAAACACCACUUCCUCUCUCCUCACCAAUUCUUGUCAGAGAAAGCCUCAUGCUACAAAGAGGAACCAGCUCUUCGCAACUGCACUGUGGAGCUCUCAGGAGCAGAGGAAGAGCAGUGACUCUUCAGGAACACUGUCAGGGAAUGUUGGGGGCCUCACAGCAAGAUGGAGGGUGCAAGAAAUCCUUCUCACCCAUGAAAGCAAGAGCUACUUUGAAAGUUGUCAGGAUGAGCAUUUGCACUGUUGUCCUUCUCAUCAUCGCUGCAGUCAAAGGAGCUACAGGGAGCAACAUAGUGAUGAUUGUAGGUGACAGUUCAGUUCUCACCUGCCUUAUCAAAGGACAAGUAAGUAUGCUAACAUGGGCAAUAACUCCCAAGGUCGGAGACCCUUGCACCUUGGUAUGGAUUGAUAGAAACAUGACACACAGAGCAAACUGCAGUGACAACAUCAACUUGGCAUUCAGAUCAGGUCUGGCUCCUGCCCUUGAGAUACAGCAAGUGGAAAUAGCCCAAGAGGGAAUUUACCUCUGCGAUGUGGCAUCAACAGAUGGGAAUUUCCGCAGGAUGUACAAUCUGACCGUGCUGGCCCCCCCGAGGCUGAGCCUGUACUGUGACGAGCAGGGCAGCCCCGUGUGCGAGGCAGCGGUGGGGAAGCCGCCGGCUCAGCUCUCGUGGGGCCCAGAGAGCAGCUCCACUGCAGAGGAGGAGCACCACGACAACAGGACAGUGACUGUUCUCAGCAAGUUCACAGCGUGUAGCACCAAUGUGAGCAAUGUGACCACCUGCAUGGUGUUCCACCCAGCUGGGAACUGGAGCCAGUCCAUAGCCUGCUGUCCCUCAGAGAAAAGUGAAUGCUUUCUUCACUGUGUCAUCAGCUUCACCAGCCUUACAACCCUCCUCUUCUUGAUGGCUGCUUUUCAGCUCUACACCUUCUUUAGUAGGACAAUGUGAAACUGCUGCAAACCAAGAAAGCUUCCACCUGCAGAGUAUCUGGACUUGAAUAGAGAUGGAAGAAAGUCCUCUUAUGUGUCAGUGAUGUGGCCUGCAGCAAGAGCUCGGCAGUACCAGAGCUCUCAGAAGAAGGAAGUAGUGCAGUGCAGUGCAGCCAGUGUAAUUGUGUAGAAGCACAGCAUGCAAGCUGGAUCCUCCCCAGCCCUGUCAGCUCUGUCUUCCAUUCUCUCUCGAGUGCAACUACAGGUGCUGUUAUCAUGCAUGCAAGUACCAAUCUUUUUGUAUAAGGUCAAAUCUAACAUAUGUGCAAUUGGAGAUUAACUCAUGUUGUAUAAAAUGAGGUCAU